AUGCAGGAUCCCAAUGAAGAUACAGAAUGGAAUGAAAUUUUAAGAGAUUUUGGUAUUCUUCCUCCAAAAGAAGAGCCAAAAGAUGAAAUUGAAGAAAUGGUUUUACGUUUACAGAAAGAAGCGAUGGUUAAACCUUAUGAAAAGAUGACUCUUGCACAGUUGAAGGAAGCCGAAGAUGAAUUUGAUGAAGAAGAUAUGCGAGCUAUUGAAGUAUAUAGAGAAAAGCGGUUACAGGAAUGGAAAUCUCUUACAAAAAAACAAAAAUUUGGGGAAUUAAGGGAAAUUUCUGGAAAUCAAUAUGUGAAUGAAGUCACAAAUGCAGAAAAAGAUGUGUGGGUUAUAAUUCAUCUAUACAGAUCAAGCAUUCCAAUGUGUUUGUUGGUUAACCAGCAUCUUAGUCUUCUAGCAAGAAAGUUUCCAGAAACUAAAUUUGUUAAAGCCAUCGUGAAUAGCUGUAUUCAACACUACCAUGAUAAUUGUCUACCAACAAUUUUUGUUUAUAAAAAUGGUCAGAUAGAAGGCAAAUUCAUUGGAAUUAUAGAAUGUGGAGGGAUAAAUCUCAAGCUAGAAGAACUUGAAUGGAAGCUAGCAGAGGUUGGAGCAAUACAGACUGACCUGGAAGAAAACCCCAGAAAACACAUUGUAGAUAUGAUGGUAUCUUCUAUUAGAAACACUUCUAUUUAUGAUGACAACAGUUCCAACAGUGAUAAUGAUACCAAAUAGAGAGAAAUACUUAAUAAAUAGCUUUUAAAGUAUA